UCUCUCUCUCACUCUCAUAAGGGUGAUAUCUCUCUCUCUUUCUUACUUUGUAUGCCCCUGAAGCUACCUCCCACUUCUAUAAAUAGCAGUGAGUGAAGCUGCUUUUCUCACUCUUGUGAAAAUGGGUUCUAAGUUUCUCUUGAUGCUAUGCACUAUCAUGCUUGCCAUCCCUCUCAACUCCUCAGAGGUGGCAGCCGGGGAAGUUGAGAAAAAACCAACCAAGAAAGAAGAGAAAACCAAUGAAGUUAUUGUAGAGGAGGAUGCACAUACAGAGCAAUAUGGUGGAUAUGGCCCUGAUUAUGGUGGCGGAUCCCCCGGCUACGGUGGGCGUGGUGGUGGGUACCCUGGAUACGGCGGAAACCCAGGCUACGGUGGAAACCCUGGAUACGGCGGAAACCCUGGAUACGGCGGAAACCCAGGCUACGGUGGAAACCCUGGUUACGGCGGAAACCCAGGCUAUGGUGGGCGUGGCGGUGGAAACGGCCCCGGCAACGGUGGUGGGCAUGGAGGCUAUGGAUGCGGCCCCUACAGACGCCGAUGCUGUGGCUAUAGGAGGUGCUACUGUUGCUCGCAAGCCGAGUUCGAGGCCCUGGCCAAAACACAAGUGAACACUGAGGCCAAGCCCCAUAACUAGGCCAAUAAGUUCAGUGCAUGCUUCUUUUAUUAGCGUGAAUAAGGAGCACCUUGAGUGAAUAAAGAGCACCGUGUUGGCUUUCUCAACCGUAAGGCUACGUAUAGAUGAUCUUAUGGGUGAGGGACUACAACCAUUGCUGGUUCAAGUUUGCUGUGAAUUUAUAGCCCAUGUGUGACACUUUAUAUUUCUACUAUGUAACUUGAAAAUCUUACAAGUUACAGUCAUACUAUUUUUAUGUAGAGAGCUUGUAUAUUUGUGUGUUUUGGUUUUGGAGAUACCAUAUCCUAGGGCCGUUUCCAUC